AUGGUGCCCCUUCUGUGGAAGAGAGGGUUGGUGUUGGGCGCGUCUUUUGUGUUGUUAGUCUUUUUUUGUGGAGCUGCUGGUGUGAAUGGGCAGAUGCAGCAGCGUAGACUAGCCAGACCUUCCAGGGGCAAUUCUAUAAACCGUGACAACGAUCGCGCGGUUGCGGGUGCGACGCAUGAUCAACAUGGUGCCGAUAUGGGAAUGAUGGCACCACACUCGCCGAUUCUCCAUAUAAAGACCGUAAAGUCAACAACCACACGAGCCCCUAAAAGUGAGCGUCCCCACAAAAAACGUGUGACCACCCCAACCGGAGCAGUACCACAGCCUCCCGCUCCACAUGAAAUGCCUGUGAAGCUGACGACCACUUCUCAGCCUGAAGCUCCAAAUACAGGGGCGGCGACAAAGGACAUCACAGCAGCGUCGCAGCGUGCUGGCCGUUAUGGGCAGUUGUCUACGAAGAGGACGUCAGUUGCGCAACAACCUGCAGCAGCACGACAUGGAAAAACGGUCACGACGUUGAUACCAGUCGACAGUCAGCCUGCACCUCCGCACGGAAAGUCUGCGACAAAGGCAACCCCAGUCGACCCAAAAAAGCCUGGAGUUGCAGAUGGUAAGCCAGCGAAGAAGGCUACCGCAGGUGCGCCAAAGCCUGAAGGUCGAGACGGCAAGGCAGUGAAGAAGGCUACCGCAGGUGCGCCAAAGCCUGAAGUUGCAUAUGGCAAGGCAGUGAAGAAGGCUACCGCAGGUGCGCCAAAGCCUGAAGUUGCAUAUGGCAAGGCAGUGAAGAAGACAACCGCAGGUCUGCCAAAGCGUGCAGUUCCAGAGGACAAGGCAGUGAAGAAGGCGACCGUAGGUGUGCCAAAGCCUGAGGUUCCGGAUGGCAAGGCAGUGGAGAAGGUGACCGUAGGUGCGCCACACCUUGCAGUUCCAGAUGGCAAGGCAGUGCAGAAGGCGACCGUAGGUGUGCCAGAGCCUGAAGCUCCGAUGGGAGUGGCAGUGACGAAGGAGGCUUCCGCCGUGCCACACGCUCCGUCUUUGCGGGUGCAGGGAGUGGAAAAGACAACGAGAGUAGCAGCGCCCGCUCCAGCGCCAGCCUGGUCUGUUCUGACAACAACCUCCACAGUUGCAACAGCUGCCACAACCUCCUUGGGGGUGCCACGAGCAGUCUCAAGGCUCCAGCAAGAUCUGAACGCUUUCUGCACAGCGCAGUUUCAAACGCUGUGUUCGGAUACAGCCGGUGGGAGCAGCUACUGCAGGGUCCACAGCGCUGUUGCACGGUUCGGUCCAGGAACCCGCGACUCCGUCUUACACUGGCGGUGCUACGAAGCGUCCAUCACGAACACGACCGUCAAGCACGUCCAGUGCAUGGAUGACUGUGGAAACCAUAUGCAGUGCAUUGGUACCGUUUCAGCGCAGACAGUUGCCACACUGCCUCAGGCUGCCCUCUCUGCUUUCAUUAGCAAGCGACGAUGGAUAUAUUGCACUUCCUUUCAGCGAUCAGCAGAUGCAUUGUGCAAUUUCAAGCAGACAGGAACCAUAGCGCGGUAUGACCCCGUCAGGAGUCGGUGGAUGUGCUUCAACGCGGUCGACAUAUCUCUUGAAGGCCAGUCUUACUGUGCAAACAACUGCGGAGGCUUCACACCAUGUGCGGGGGGUCUAUCGCCCGGGGAAAUCCCAACUCAAACAGUACACAUCAUCCCCCAGCCAGACAUCGAUGCGGCCUUCGCGGCUCUUCAUCCGUGCCAACAUGCCGAUGAAACUUGCAUUCCCUCGACGGUGAACCCCCCCAUGUGUGUGAAGGCGCACAGAAUAGUAGCCAUUCAGCAACUGAGCAAACAGCAACAAGCGAUGGAUAAUUACUGCCAGACGCAAAUGGAUCAGCUGUGCCGAAAAGGGCAAUGGACAAUAUACUGCUACCAGCUUUGGUUGUCGCGGAUGGUCGGCAGUCAGAAGGCAAACGGACAUCCAGAGUGGCGGUGCUAUCCGUUCGCAUUUCUUAAUUUCUCGUAUCUCUCCACCUGCACCGACGGAUGCAGCAACAGCGUCCCUUGCCAUGGAGCGCCACUAACGACAUCUGUGUUAACCGCUGCGUUCCCUAAGUUGGCGAUAAUCGCCGAGAACCCUGCGUUCUGUUCACCGUAUCAAAAAAAUGCAAACGACUACUGCGCUAAGAGAAACGGCGAAGGAUGGGUGGCCAGGCAAGACUGGACCACAGACGAUUGGGCAUGCUUCCAAAAGACAAAGCUUCCCACGUAUCGGUGGACCGGAUGCGUGAAUCAAAUUCAGUCAACUGCUGCGGAAGCUUUUGUCCAGGCCGAUAGUGUCCUGGAGCGGGUAAUCGCGUCAGUGCCGCCCCCGUGUCUGAUAGGGGAAUUGUGUACAGCGACAGCGAUGAACCCUCCGUAUUGCUCCGAAACCAGGCCGAACCCGCAACCGGCUCCUGUCCUGGACCACACAAUUCGCAGCGUCUUAGGCUACAGUAAAUGA